CCUGAAAAACAUGGAAGUACGAAGCUGCCCCUCCUCGCCGGAGCAGAGAAACCUCUAGACCGCCUAAACCUACGCAAGGAUGCAGGCGCUCCUGCUCUCCCCGGCGGCGGCGCCACGGCCGCCCCUCCCCGCUCCGAGGCGGCCGUCUCUACCCCCUCGAGCCACCUCGAUCCUCACGCCGGCGCCGCGCUCCCCCGCUCUCCGUGUGGUGGACGCCUUCGCCGCCGGCCGCUGGGGAGGACGCGCUGCGUCGCGCCUCCCGGCUGCUGCUGCUGCUGCGGCGGCGGCGGCUGAGGCCGGUCCUCCCGACCCCGCGCCUUCCCCCGCCGAGGACGAGGCCGAGCGCGCCAUGCUCGCCCAGGUUAGCAAGAGGCUAGAAAAAACAGCACAGUAUUUCAAGACUUUGGGCACCCUGGGAUUCUGGUCUCAGUUAGUGUGCACAACUGUCUCAGCAGGAAUUUUGUCAUUCUCGGCAGUCGCUACAGGGAAUGCAACAUCUCCCUUUACAUUCUUUGCAACUUCAAUUGGUAUUGUUGCGGCAUUUAUUUCAGUCUUUUGGGCUUUUGGUUAUAUCCGUCUUUCACAAAGGCUUAAGAGAACAGCAAACAAACCUGCAAAGGCUCCUCCACGUGCCGAUGUGGUAAAAAAUCUCAAAAAUGGUAUUGUGCUCAAUGUUCUUGGAAUGGGUGCUGCAAUUCUUGGUAUGCAGGCAACUGUAGGGGCAUUGGUAGCAAAAGCCCUCACUACAUCUGCAGUGCCGUACUACCAGGGAAUAUCUCCUGGCCAGAGCCCUGUUCUAUCUUUAGAUGUUUUCCUUGUUCAGGCUUCAGCCAACACGAUCCUCUCACAUUUUCUUGGAUUAUCGAGCACACUGGAAUUACUGCGAUCUGUAACCCUGACAAAAGUAGAAGCUGCCUCAACCCCUCGAUCUCAGCCAGCAUGAGCUUAAGCUUUCCAGAGUCCAGACCAAUGUUCCUCCGUUCUUUCUUUGGUUGUAUUUUUCUCUGCAAUUGCUUUGUGUUUUCUUAAAAUUUUCUUUUAGUGAUAAGCUUCGAUCAGUCUAGUUGCGUUGCCUUUGCUGAGUGCAGAUUUGAAGGACGCAUUCAAAUCUGCUCGUCUUUCUUAUUACCUUUGUUUAUUUCUGAGCAUAUUAGAAGUUUCUGUGAGAAGUGAGCAAGUUUCGUGAUUCCUAUGAUGUGCGGUGCUGCUUCAUUGCUGUUAUGGAAAUUGGAAAGAAGUUAGACAGAUUCUA